UUACUCCCCACUCUCCUCCUUCCUUUCUACUUCUAGUUCUCGAGUCGCCUCUGAAGCUAGCCCGGAGAACCAGAGCCAUUGUCUCCGGCUUGAUUCUCACCACGGAGAGGGAGAAAUAAAAAACAAAAACGAAAACAGAAUUCGAAAAACAUGAGGUGAGCAGUUACGCAUAGGAAUACGAAACAGAGUAAGAGGCAAAGAAGAAGAAGAAGAAGAAGGAAAUGCGAGGGCAUAGUCGGUCAGCAAAGCUUCACUCGCGCCGAAUCCACUUCUGGGUCUUAAGGAUCUCCCUCUUUCAAGGUAUCCUAGCUCAAUCCCUUGAAUUGGGUUUUUUUUUGCUUUGGUUUUCAGAUUCCCAUUUAGACAGGUUUUGAUUAAGGUCGAUCUGAACGCCGGGCGGCGGAGAAUGGGUAAGAAAAGCGGCGGCGGCGGCGGUGGAUGGUUCUAUUCCGUCAAGAAAGUCUUCAAAUCUUCAUCCAAUAAGGAUUCGCCCCAGAAAAAGCAAGAGGCGCCAGAGGUAGUCUCGUUCGAGCAUUUCCCUGCGGCAGAGAGCUCCCCUGAUCAUGUCACGAACGAGGACGACACCACCACCGGCGGCACGACGACCCCUGUCUCCGGGGACAGGAACCACGCCAUUGCAGUCGCUGCGGCCACAGCUGCUGCGGCGGAAGCCGCCGUUGCAGCUGCUCAGGCCGCAGCGAAAGUCAUCCGGCUCGCCGGGUACGGCCGUCAGUCCAGAGAAGACCGAGCCGCUACCCUCAUUCAAUCCCACUACAGAGGCUACCUUGCUAGGCGUGCGUUGCGGGCAUUGAAGGGAUUGGUGAGGCUGCAAGCCCUGGUGAGAGGGCACAACGUGAGGAAGCAGGCGCAGAUGACGAUGAGGUGCAUGCAAGCCCUGGUGCGAGUUCAGGCGAGGGUUCGAGCCCGACGGAUGCACCUGACUCGCGAGAAGCUGUACUCGAAGGAGCGACGGGAUGAGGAGGAGGAGGAGGAGGAUGAUCGUGGGCGCGGAAUGUCGUCGUUUCAAGAUCACUUGAUGAAUUCGAGGAGUCCGUUGAAGAAGAGCUGCGUGGUGGAGAGCUGGGAUAACCGGCGCCAGACCUUUGAUAAGAUGAAGGAGAAUGCUGUGAGGAAACACGAAGCUGUCGUUCGGAGGGAGAGGGCCCUUGCUUAUGCAUAUUCCUAUCAGCAGCAGCAGCAGCAGCAACCGCAGCCCGGCCCAAACGGAAUGGAUCUUGGCCUGUACAGCGAAGAGCAAGCAAAAGCCCAGUGGGGCUGGAACUGGCUAGAACGCUGGAUGUCUUCCCAACCAUACCACGGCGGUCGAUUCGGCCCAACCGACAACUCCUACAUGACGUUGACCACCACAACCACCACCACCACGACCGACGACUUAUCAGAGAAGACGGUGGAGAUGGACGUCGCCACGCCGACCACGGCCGCCGGCAGCGGGAUCGGCAACAUAAGCAUAGGCGUCAUGGACUCAGCAGGCGGCAGCCACUUGUACUCGGCCCGGCCCAGAAGACAGCAGGCCCCACCCACGCCCAACCACGUGCCCAGCUACAUGGCUCCGACCCAGUCCGCUAAGGCCAAGGCCCGUGCCAAUAUGGGCCCGGUGAAGCAGGUGAGCCCAUACACCCCGCAGUGGAACUCGUCGACGAAGAGAGGGCAUGUCGUCGGGUCGUCGUCGUCAGUUUGCGACUCUUCUAGCUCCGGCGGUGGCACGGCGAUCUACCAUGUGGCCAAUAGCCCGAAGACGAGCGCGGCGUUGCGGUUCCUCUCGAGGCGGCUGCCGGCUGGGUACAGCUCGGAUUCGAGCGCCGGCGGCGACGAGUGGAGGCUGCCGGUGGGGAUUGAUGGCCACGGUUGGAGCCUGGAGGCAUGAUUUUGGGUGAUGAAUGAAGAUGACACAUGCAUACAUACAAAUAUGAAAUAUGUGUGUGUAUUGGGUUUGAUUUAAUUUAAAUGUUGUUUUUAUUAACGUUUAUUUUGGCUUAGUGAUAUCAUUAAGCCACCAGAAGGGCUAUGUAAUGAAACAUUUGGUGUUUUAAUUUUUUUAUUUAAUUGUAAUGGUUACUAUAAUGUGUAUUAUGGGGGAAAAAGGGAAAGUGGGCUUGUAAUUA